AUCACAGUGGAAUCCUGACACUGCUUUGCAUGAAGGACACGUUGUCUCAGCACAGGAGCUGACUGCACUCUUGCAACCUGUUUUUACCCAGAAUUCCAGAAACCUUAUCUUGUUUCUGCAAGAUAAGCUUAGCAUAGAUGAUUUCACAUACCUCAGUGCAUCCUACGGUAACAAGAAUCCAUUUCAAAACGUUCAGGAAUUUCUUCAGUCUUCUCCUUCAUCUUUAGUUUUGCCAGCUGUUGACUGCAAGGCUACCAGUUAUCUUCUGAGCUUUCUUCAGGAGUCAGGAGAUUGGAAGUUAAUAAACAUAACUAAUCUUGAUGUCUCUCAGCUGGAACUGAAUACGUCUAAACCAAACUUACUGGUGGUUCAGCUAAAACCACUUGUCAGUGGUUUAAAUGAGAUUUCCACCCUGGAAGCAAUUGCUGAAAAUGACAAAAUUAUUGGAAGACUGACCAUGGAUCUGCAGGAACAAGGAAUUAAUUUUUCAGUAAUUUAUACUGCAGUGAGACCUUCAAGGAUUUCUAGAAGAACUGGUGAGGUGUGGGAAUUAAGACGACAAUUAAUGGCCACUGAGGAAGAAGAUAGUUUAUCAUAUCCUCCUCUGAAUGUGACCACUGGAAAUGAUACAUGCAUCCUUUUUUAUGUUAGAAAUUUCAGCCUCAAAGCCAACAAUUCAGUUUUUAUAGAUUUGACAAAUAUGACAUUUGUAACCCAGAAUGUGGAUAUUUCUUCCUCUGAGUGCUCAGACAUCAACACAACACUGUCAUUAAAAUACACAAAGCCAGUGAAUGGAAUCAGCAGCCUAGAGAUAAG